GGGAAAGAAUUUUACUUUCUGAGUGAGCCCAGGGGGUAGAGGUGAUCUGGCUGAGAAUUGCAAGGCUGAGGAAGAAAUGAAGAUUGGGUUUAUAAAGAAAUUUGCAGUUUUUCUGACAGGCGGACAAGCAUCACUUUCCAGAGAAGAUGACUUUUAAGAGUUUUGAAGAUUCUAAAACUUGUGUGCCUCCAGACAUCAAUAAGGAUGAAGAUUUUGUAGAGGAAAAUAAUAGAUUAAAAACGUUUGUUAAUUUCCCAAGUAGUAGCCCUGUUUCAGCAUCAACAUUGGCACGAGCGGGUUUCCUCUAUACUGGUGAAGGAGAUAUAGUACAGUGCUUUAGCUGUCAUGCAGCUGUAGAUAGAUGGCAGUAUGGGGACUCAGCAGUUGGAAGACAUAGGAAAGUAUCCCCAAACUGCAGAUUUAUUAAUGGUUUUUAUUUUGAGAAAAAUGCUACACAGUUUCCGAAUCCCAUUAUCCGAAACUGUCAGUAUAGAGUUGAAAAUUGUUCAAGGAAUAUAAACCAUUUUGCUUUGGAGAGACCCCCUGACACUUAUGGGGAGUAUCUUUUGAGAAGAGGGCAGGCCAUCGAUAUGUCAGAUACCAUAUACCCAAGGAAUCCUUCCAUGUGCAGUGAAGAAGCUAGACUGAGAUCUUUUCAGAAUUGGCCAGACUAUGCUCACCUUACCCCACAGGAGUUAGCGAGUGCUGGACUCUAUUACUUGGGCAUUGAGGAUCAAGUGCAGUGUUUUUGUUGUGGGGGCAAAUUAAAGAAUUGGGAACCAUGUGAUCGGGCAAUGUCCGAACACAGGAGGCAUUUCCCUAAGUGUUUUUUUGUUUUGGGACGGGAUGUUGGCAAUACUCGAAUUGAAACUGAUGUGAGCUGUGAUAGGAGUUGUCCAAACCCUACCCAUCUCCCAAGGAAUCCAGCCAUGGCAGAUUAUGAAGCCCGACUCAUUACCUUUGCGACGUGGACAUACUCGGUUAACAAGGAGCAGCUUGCAAAAGCUGGAUUUUAUGCUUUAGGUGACCGUGAUAAAGUAGCAUGCUUUCAUUGUGGAGGUGGACUUACUGAUUGGAAACCCAAUGAAGACCCUUGGGAGCAACAUGCUAAGUGGUAUCCAGGAUGUAAAUAUCUGUUAGAAGAGAAGGGCCAGGAAUAUGUCAACAAUAUUCAUUUAGUGCAUCCACUUGACAAUUCUGUGGCAGAAUCUGCCAAAAAGGCUUCAUCAGAAACUCAAGAAAAUGAUGAUAUUGUGUUUCAUAGCCCUUUGGUACAAGAUGCAAUAAGAAUGGGUUUCAGUUUUCAUGAGAUUAAGAAAAUUAUGGGGGAAAAGGUAAAAUCGUCUGGAAACAACUAUAAAUCACUUGAAGUUCUAGUAGCAGAUCUAGUGAGUGUUCAAAAAGAAAGUACACAAGAAGGAGAAUCAAGUCCAACUUCAUCACAAAAAGAGAUUAGUACUGAAGAACAGCUCAGGCGUUUGCAAGAGGAAAAGUUGUGUAAGAUCUGCAUGGAUGAGAACAUCGCUGUCGUUUUCAUCCCUUGUGGACAUCUGGUUACUUGUCAACUGUGUGCUGAAGCAAUUGACAAAUGUCCGAUGUGUUACACUGUCAUUACUUUCAAGCAAAAAAUUUUUAUGUCAUGAUUGAAACUCUGAAGUUGGAUUAGUCUAGUCUUCCUAUUGGCUCGCUAGUGUGAUAUGAAGCCACUUGGCUUUUGAUGAGAUCUGAAGGAAGAAAUAACGUCCACAAUGAUAACUUUUCGUAAAACAUAACAUGUUCAUUCCUUGAGAUGUCUUUGAAACUUGAGGGUAGUAUCUUUCUAACUUUUCUUAUCUUCACAGUAAGCAGUAGAGUAAGAAGCUCUCCCCAUGCUGAGCACAAUGUAUGCUUCUAGGUGUGCUACUUCCUAUUGACUUGACUGUGUGAUAUGAAGCCAUUUGAGUGGCUUGUGAUGAUAUCUGAAGGAAGAAAUAAUGCAGACAAUAAUAACUUUUCCUAAAAACUUAACAGCUUCAUUCCUUGCAACUUUCUCAUUUGUUUUCUAAUUCCAAGCAAUCAGUAGAGUAGGAAGCUACCCCCAAACUGACCAAAGCGUCUGCUUCUAAGUGUGCUGAAUGAGUGUCAAUGUAAGGGGCAUAAUCAACUUGGAAUUAUUGUCUUAUAAAAAACUUGGUAAACAUCUCUGAGUCACUGUAGAGACUGUGAUUAACCUGACCAAUCAGUCGCUUUCUCUGUUCACAAAAGGAAGAAACUACCUAGGCAGUCAUGAAGUAAGGCUAAUUUGUAGAUAUUUAUGGAGUUUUUCUUUCAAGUAAUAAUGAGGAUUAAAAGAGAACUACCAAAGACCAAAUGUAUAGGAGAAUGGGGAAAGAAAAGCAACUCCUUUUGCUAUUUAAGUAAUGAUUUAUGAUUUAAAAGCUUAAUUGUGUUCAAACACCUACAAAUAUUAGUUGUCACUCAGCAUUGCUUUUCCUAAUUCUCCCAAGAAUGGCAAGCUUUUUCUUUUGAAUUGCUACUGAAAAGCUUUAAGCAUCUUUUAGCACAUAGUGGGGGGGGGGAAGGAAUUUCCCCCAGUCUCUCAUUUCCAAGUCAAACAUAAUUCUGAUUUCCUAAAGUUGAGGAUGGAAAAGACUCCUCAUUCAUAAGUAAGACACUGAACACUUUUCUCAUUUAAGCCUGCCUAAGUUCUUCUCCAGAACUUCCAGAAGAAUUUUUUAUUAAUCUGCUAUAAAAUCUGGCAGCCAAGCUAAAGAAAAGUAGAAUAAUGUUUGUUCUCUGCCUGCCAGCCCCCACAGGAAAUGAUCUCUUUCUCCUUUGAACACACCAAGGCACUUCACUGCAAACUUUCAAGCUCUACCUUUUUAUUUAUAUUUAUUCGUGAACUUGUCUUAGUUUCCCAGCUCUGGACUCUGUGUUCCAUGAAGUCAGGGAAAACUUUGCAUCUUAUUCUUUAUAUCUCCUAUAGAGCAUAGCAUGGGGACUCUGGGCAUACUAAGUGCUCAGUAAAUACUUGUUGUUUGCCAAAUAUGAUUCUGUUAUUGGCUUUUAGUGUAACUAUUUUAAUGUCCCCUACUCUCUCUUUCUUCCUGUUGUGAGCACCUGUUAAGUGCAGUUCCAAUGGUGUUCAAAACUACCCAUGCCUUGGACCCUGGGGCAUGUAAUACUUGGUGGGGAGGGGAGCACUGGUUAUAAAAAUCAUAAGUACCGACAAGGACAUAACAAAACAAACAGAUUUUUAUGUAUUGGCAAGAUUGCAUAAAAGCACUCCUGAAUUAAGAAUACUUAGCUAUAAUAAUGGAGGUUGCCUAAUGCUCUAAGGAGUACCUCAGGGGCUUGCAUUAAGAGAACCUCCUGGUGCAACACUUGACAUUGAGGCAUUUUACUGCACAGAAGAGGUUCAAAAUACAACCAUUAAAGCUGUUAUUCAAAAUCUAUUUUGCAAGGGAAAGAUUAGUCAUGCCCUCCUCCAAACUUCUUCUGAUGUUGCUUUAAAGUUAGCUUUGCAUGGUGUUAGGUGAGAUUUUUCAACUUAAUGGCUUUCUUUCCUUUUCUUACUCCCUAGAUCCUGUCUUCCCCAAGUCUGCAUUGUCUUCGGUUUAAGCUGAGUUAUGUAUUUUGUUUACAUAUUACAUAUAUCUAAGUUUAUUAAUCCUUUUAAGGAGGAAUAAGUGUUAGGGUUCAUGUGUUUUUUAAGGAAAUUUAUUUUUUUUAAGUGCUGGGGCCUAACACUUAGAGUUGAACUUAGUUAUUAGCAAAGGGCUAGAUUAUUUGAAGGGGGGAAAAAGUGUUUCCUCUUCUAAGAGCCUAAACUGUGGGUUCUUUAGAAACCUAUAUGUUUAGAAGAAAGUAGGGGUUGGUUGGGGUUUUUUUAGAAGCAGGCAAAGACUGUUAUCAUGAGUGGUGACAUUUAAAGCUAGUAUGGUGGCUAACGAGUUCUAUUUUAGGAGUUGUUUAGAAAAUACUGUUGCUUUGGGCUCUUUAAGUCACUCCAGCUUCCAAUCCUAUUAUUUUAAGACUCUGGUGUACUUGGCCACUUGUGGUAGGGGAAGCAGGGUGAUUUAGAGAAGAGAGUGAUGGAUUUGGAGCCAAGAGGCCUAGGUUUGAGUCCUGGCUCCACUACAUUGUCACCCUGGGCAAAUCAUGUCAACUCUCAGAGCCUCAGUGUCUACAACUAUAGAAUGGGGAUGAUAAUAUUUUAUACUACCUCAUAGGCUUGUGAUAGGGAAAUCCUUCUGUGAACCAUAAACUACUACAACAAUGGGAGCCACUCACCAUGUUUCAAAGAUGUCAUUUCAUCAGUGAGAAUACGUUAUCCACCAAAGCCAAUCAUAAGCUCUCCACAACUUAGAGCUGCUUGAGCCCCACAUCAACCCCUCUGUGGCCAACAUAGUGUUGAGCUGCUCUGAACCAUGUUAGGCUGGCUGGUCCUUGGACAGCAGACCAAACAGUCCACCAUCAAACCUAUCCUUGAAGCCUUCCUGGCUUGAUGUAAAUAAUCGUUAGCAGUUGGUUGAUACCAUAUUACCUGUAGUUUCUAAAUGAGUACUUCUUCAUAUUAGUGUACUAAUCUUAAAGUAGCAAUGUGUGAUUUCUAUACAGUAUCUCAACUUUUGAGAAGGGGUUAUGAUAAUGGGACAAACAAGGCUAGGUUUAGCAUUUGUCAGUAGUUUGAAUGGUGUUUUGUUAGCUUGUUGUUUUCUUUAAAAUGCAUUGUUAGAGAAAAUUGUUAUUUCCUUAUUGCCUUAGUAUUUGAAGAAUGGAGUAGGGAAUAGCAUCUAUUAUGUAGCAUUCCUUUUAGAGAAAUAAGUAAGUGGGAUGGAUCAUUAGCCAGAUAACGACCCUUUUGGUCAAACCCACUAAAAAGAUAGCAGGACAUUGUCAGGCAUUCCACAAAAGGAAGGAGAAUGUCAUUCUCUUAUCUGACUGGGUUUAAGUAUUCCCUCAACUUUGAGACUGUUCCCAGAUAUAAGGGCACAGGAUGAUAGAUUUAGAGAGGGAAGGAACCUUGGUAAGCAAGCUACCAAGUCCAGCCCUGGUACUUCUCAGAUGAGGGGACAGAAACAAGAGGUCAUGUGACUUGCCCAGGGUCACACUGCUACUAAGUGAGAGGCAGGAUUUUAAGUUGGGUUUUCCUAAAUUCAAUUCCCAGUACCCUAUCCACUACACCAGUGGUAUCCAACUCAAAGAGAAACAAGAGCCACAUUCAUAAGGAUCCCAGUGAGCCACAUAUUGACUUAGAAAAUUGCAUGUUAACAUUAUCUUUGUUCUAUUUUAUUUUUAUUUAUUUUGUUAAAUAUUUCUCGAUAACAUAUUCAUCUGGUUCAGGCUGCAUUCAGGAGUGUUGUGGGCUGCAUUUCCACAUGUUUGACACCAUGCUGCAUCUCUCAUCAUCAUCCAUCCUGCCUGUUAUUUCUCUCCUUGCUGACAUUGCACCCACAAGGAAAAGAGGCAGCCAUAACAUGAUGAAUAGAGAGAUGACCUCAGACUCAGACCUGGUUUCAAGUUCUCCUGAUAUUAGCCGUGUGACUCUGGCUGGGCAAGUCACUUUAUUUCUCCAUGCCCUAGGCUACUCUGAGACCAGAAGUGCUGACCUGUGAUGGUGAACAAAGAGACAAUCCCUCCAAAAUAUCUAUGGUACCUAUCCUGAAAAAUAAGAGAGCACUCUUCAGAAUAGUGCUAUUAAAAUAUUCUUGCUAUUCUCCUGGAAGCAGAAGAAUCAGUUGGGGCUUUUUAAGGGUUUAUAUGUUAUAUGAUCAUCAAUAUUUAGAACUAGAAGGGACCUUAAAUGAGAUCUAGUCUAACUUCCUCAUUUUACAUUGGGGAAAACAGGCACAGAGAGGUGAACCAACUUGGCCAAGACCACAUGGAAGGUAAAUAGCAGAGCCAGAAUUAUACUCCUGGUCCUUUAAAUCCAAAUCUAACACUGCACUAUACAAGUCCAGCCCAUCCCCACCCCACCCCCACCCCAGUCUUAAGUUGUUUUUUAUUCUUUGAGGCAGUGACUUUUUGCCUUAGAUUUUAAUAUCAUUUCUUUGUGUAAGACUUAAAUAUGAGAAUCAGAUUCAUUUUCUUUACAUUUCAAACCUUAAUUUUUCUUAUUCAUCUUGGUUUUGAAUUUUCCUGAUUACUAUAAUUGUCUAUUCAUCCAUCAGUUUUUAUAGCCAGUGUUAUUUUGACCUCCAUGCACCUGGUCAUACACUUUACUGUACACCAGUAAGGCACGUGUUUUGAAGUCUUUUUUUCAAGUACGUGUAAAAUAAUGUGCUUUUUAACUGUGCUGUUCUUAUUCUCUGUUUGAUAAAUAUCAUCAAACAUGAACAUUUCCAUAUACCCAGAUACAGAAAGAAUUGAACAUGAAACCAAUCAAUCAGUAAUUAAUAAAUAUUAAGUGCCUACUAUGUGCCAGGCAUGUAGAGCUGGAGAUGCAAAAAGAGGCAAAAGACAAUCCCUACCCUCAGGGAGCUUACAAUCUAAUGAGGGAGACAACAG